CUAUUGAUAUGACAAAUAGAAUUAAUCAUUGACUUUUCCAGUGAUUUACUAUUUACGCGAAACAUGAAUAUUUUGGUAGUAAAGUGGUACAGUGUUUUAUAAUUGGAACAAAGCAACCAAAAAAGUAAAUCCAAUGGCUAAAUUCAAGAACAUUUUCACAAAUAUCUUCACAAAAUCGAAUUCAAAACUGGAAACAGACGCAGCGAUCAUUCCACAUAGAGCUGUCGACGACGAUAAGAGUGAUAACACAAACAGUGCGAGCAAUGUUUCUGCGCUCACGAGACCAGAAGAGACGCAGCUAGUUCCUAGUACAUCAGCAUCCGAUGGCAAUCAGAUAAACUCAGUAAUCCCGGAGAAUACUGCACCAGAUCAACAACUGUUAAGCCCAACGGCAAGGGCUUUGACACAGAACAUUGUUAAUAAUGUGCAAAAUAACGCCCUAACAGCGCCACAGACAUCCAUCACCAAUGCAACAGGUGUCCAGGUUUUCCAAAUAAAAAAUGCCAAAAACGUUCAUAUUGGUAAUAGCUUUACCUUCAACUCGGCCAAUACCGAAGAAGAGCGCACAAGGUCGCCCAGCAACAUCAACGGGCCAGUAAAAUGGGCAAACCUUAAGCUGUCCGACACAAUACGACAAAUGAUGGACUGUGAGGAUGAGUUGGAUACGGAAAUGAUGAUUACCAUAUCCCGGCAUCUGGGUUACGAAUGGAAGAAUUUCGCAAGGAUUUUGGAAUACUCGGACGGACAAGUACAAGCAUUUGAAUGUGAUAACGAAACGUUAUCCGAGAGAAUUUAUCAGUUCAUUUUGGACUGGUCCCGGAAUGACGACGAACCAACGCUAGGUAAAAUGGUCAACCUGUUGUGGCAGCAUAUGCACAAGGAAACGGUCUACUAUAUGAAAUUACUGUGGAAGAAACGACGACAGAAUCAAGCAGAGUGAUAAACUCCCAAAAAAAAAAACGAUUGAAUCCAGAAAAUCACCAAGAAACGCACAAAAAUGUAUUGUUGCUUUGCAGUGUAAUAGACGAGCACAGCUCCAUAAACAGUGCCUUAAUGAAUACAUUGUAACGAUACGUUGAAACUCAUUCGUCACGCAGUGCUGACUGUGAAAACUAUAUUUUUGUAAAAUUUUAAGUAAUAUGGCGUACAAUACGUACUAUUUUAUAAAAUAAAAUAUAAAAAAAACUGUAA